UUUCUCUCUCUGCUUUUAUCACAUACAGACAGGGUGCAGGGAUUUCUAAGACGAAACGAAAUCUCUGUUUCCCUGUGUUUGGGCUUCAAUGGCGUGGCCAAACCCGUCGUAUUAUCUGGCGUCGAAGGCCAAGAGACCCAAUCUCUACUACUUGGCCACCAGCGUCAUCCUCUGUUCAAUUUUCUACAUCGUCGGAAUCUGGCAGCACACCAGAGGCGGCGUCGCGAAUUUGGCCGAAAGCGAAUGCACUCAACUCCAGAACAUCAGCGGCGUCGCCCCAAAAUCCCACACUCUCGACUUCGACACCCACCACUCCGCCAUAGACCUCUCCAUCGCGCCUGCCUCACCGGCGCGUGCCAAUCACUUCCCCGCCUGUCCUACGUACCUCAGCGAGUACACCCCCUGCGAGGACGCCCAGCGGUCGCUCAAGUUCGAUAGGGUGAUGCUGGUUUAUCGGGAGAGGCACUGCCCGGAGCCCAACGAGGUUCUGAAGUGCCGCGUGCCGGCUCCCAACGGGUAUACGACGCCGUUCCGAUGGCCGGAGAGUCGGGACUCGGUGUGGUUCGCGAAUGUGCCGCAUAAGGAGUUGACAGUGGAGAAAGCGGUUCAGAACUGGGUCCGGUUCGAGGGGAAGCGGUUCAGGUUUCCGGGCGGUGGGACCAUGUUCCCUCGUGGUGCUGACGCCUACAUUGACGAAAUAGGGAAGUUGAUUAAUCUGAAAGAUGGGUCCAUCAGAACUGCCAUUGACACCGGCUGUGGGGUUGCAAGCUGGGGAGCUUACCUUCUGUCAAGGAACAUCUUGACGGUAUCGUUUGCGCCGAGGGACACUCAUGAAGCUCAGGUGCAGUUUGCGCUUGAGCGAGGAGUUCCGGCGUUGAUAGGAGUAAUGGCUUCUAUCAGGCUUCCCUACCCUUCAAGGGCUUUUGAUAUGGCACAUUGUUCUCGCUGUCUGAUUCCUUGGGGCCAGUAUGAUGGGCUUUAUUUAAUUGAAAUAGAUAGGAUUUUACGGCCUGGAGGGUAUUGGAUUCUCUCCGGGCCACCAGUAAACUGGAAGAAACACUGGAAAGGCUGGAACAGAACCGCUGAAGAUCUGAACAAUGAACAAUCUGGGAUUGAGGCUGUUGCCAAAAGCCUGUGCUGGAAGAAAUUGGUUGAGAAGGAUGAUCUUGCUGUUUGGCAGAAACCUACUAAUCAUGCCCACUGUCAAAUAAACCGAAAGGUCUACAAAAAACCGCCCUUUUGCCAGGGAAAAGAUCCAGACCAGGCAUGGUACACCAAAUUGGAGAAUUGCCUAACCCCGUUGCCUGAAGUUGGCCAUGUCAAAGACAUAGCUGGUGGGAUGCUGACAAAAUGGCCAGAGAGGCUGACUUCAGUCCCUCCAAGGAUUAUGCGAGGUAGCGUGAAGGGAAUCACAGCUAAGAUUUUCAGAGAAGAUACAGACAAAUGGAAGAAGAGAGUAACAUACUACAAGGGUUUCGAUGGAAAUCUCGCAGUACCCGGAAGAUUCCGGAACAUUCUUGACAUGAACGCCUACUUGGGAGGCUUUGCAGCUGCACUCAUAAAUGAUCCACUGUGGGUUAUGAACAUUGUCCCAGUUGAGGCUGAGAUCAACACCCUUGGCAUCAUCUAUGAACGUGGACUGAUAGGAACUUAUCAGAAUUGGUGUGAGGCCAUGUCAACUUAUCCAAGAACUUAUGAUUUCAUUCAUGGCGAUUCGGUUUUUACCCUCUACAAGGACAGAUGCGAAAUGGAAAAUAUUCUGUUGGAAAUGGACAGAAUUUUGAGGCCAGGAGGUACUGUAAUUUUGAGAGACGAUGUGGAUAUGGUGGUGAAGAUCCAGAGCAUCAUUGAGAGACUGAAUUGGAACAGCAAAAUUGUGGACCAUGAAGAGGGUCCCCAUCACACAGAAAAGAUUGUAUGGGCAGUAAAGCAGUAUUGGACGGCCCCAGCUGCUGCUACAGAUCAACCGGGAUCAAAAACAUCUUCUUACAGGAAGAAUUGAUUUUUUUUUUUUUCUCUGAACCCUGUUCUGAGGGUUUUACCACAAUGGAUAAAUCUCUUCACACAGAUCAAGAGCUGAUUCAUUCUUUUUUCCC